AAGGCCAAAGUGGUUGGCGCAUUGGCUAUAAAAUCGAAUAAGAUUGGAGACAUUGUCAGCGGUAUUUUGAUCAAGCGUAAUUUCAACUACCAAGUCGUCGACCCAAAAGAACUGACCGUUUUCACGGACCUUUCUUCAUCGCGGUUGUCACAGCGGCAAUCUGUCUACUACUCUGGAAGUCUGCCAUUGCUGCUGUACAGUCUGAAUCAGUUAAAUGACGACGCCAUAUUAACAGCUGAAUUGAAGCCUACAGACACCACAACGCCCACACACGUGUUCUCUGUUUUUGGUCGUGCUAUCUCUUUGCAAUGGUGCUCGUUGGCAUCUAUUUGUGUUUUGGAUUGGGAGUCAAAUCCUGUCAAUGAUAUGUAUGCGGACGCUGUACUGGCAGCUAUCCUUCACGCCCAAACGAAUCCGAUUCCCGAGAAAUACUUACCGAAAGUGGAGUCCUAUCCUAAGAUAGAAGAUGCUUUGCUGACAGCUGUAAAAGAGGUUUGUGGAGACGAAGCGGUGACUAGAGAUCCAUCUGAUGCGACAGCCAUUCGAGUAGAAGUUGAUGAGAAAGUAGCAGUCAUUUCCUCUGGAGGUGCCCAAGUCGAUUGCGACGAUCCCCUACUUCGUCAUCUUCUCUCUACGAUUAGCGGGAAACUGCGGCGGUGUAUUGCUCCCGAAAGCCUGCUGGUUUAG